UAAUUAAAUUUUUCUAUUAUUACGUGGGGGACUUUUAUUUUGAACAUUACCAAAAUUCAGAGACCCGGAAGUACUUUUUUUUGUGUUGCUAUUGGACACUGAUUAAGCGGGUCCUCUUACUAAACAGUGCAAAGCACCUUCAUUGUGUGGAUUUCAUCGACUUUUGGACCGCUGCAUCGUAGCCUACAGUCUGUUGCUGUUAUUCAUUUAUGAACCGGUUAAGUAACUGUACUUUGACAAUCUCAACACUAUAUAUUGUGUUCAGUCUUGCCGCCGUUAUGAAGGUCAAUCAUACAUAGGCCUACAGUUCACCGCUGUGGGUUUCGAAUUGCUGUAACUGAGCAGUGCCGCACGGACUUUGUACUUUCCUGCCCGAGUAAACUUGUCUGCUCGCACCUUGAUCAGGUAGGUACCGAAAGUGGUAGGCUAAACGAAGCGGUAGCCUAUGUCAGCAUGUCUAUGACAGAAUUGUUGACACUGAAUAACUCUGAGUAAGUAAAUUGGAUACGAAGUUUGAAGCGAAUGUGACUAUUAGCCUAUUUGUUCUGUCGCACAUUAAAGCCAGGACAAAUGGAAUGUCAAUCCCACUAUCUUUACCAAUGUUCGGUUGUUUCUGUCAUGUCUUUUUCUACAGGUCUUCGUCCACCAUGGUUGGGACUUUCCCGCUUCUAGAAGUGCAGCCCACGCGGGGGCUCGUGGAUGAGAAGAUCCAGGUUGUUGUGAGGAACUUACCUCCGGCGCUCUCGGUGACACUACAUUCCCUUCAUUGCUCCGAGGAUAAGGACUUUUGGGAGGCGUUCGGCCAUUACAUUAGCGACGGCCAAGGCACGGUGACGGGUAAGGUUUGUGACCGCUGACCGGGUUUAUAGACGGGGUUCUUGAAUGUAGCCUUGGCCUAACUUCUGUAUGAAAUCCCAUAAGAACUCUGUGGAAUUCAAUUACACUUGUCCCGGUUGUCGCCAUUAAGAUCAGUGUCCCUGCGCUCUGAAACCUGAGAUGCAGGCCAAUGUUUUUGCCUGCUAGUUUGCCUUCUAUUGCUAUCAAGUUACAACAAUAUCGCUGUACAACACAGACAACUCAUUCUUCAGUGGGGUUUAUCAGCUGUUGGCAUCCAACGUUAUAACACAGACAACCUUGAGUAAAUGAAACCAAAAUAGAUGUUGUUGAAACAAACAUGGUUGUUGUAAAGGUCAUGCAGUGGACAUGUAGUUGCAAGCAGUGUUGCCAACUCCUCAGUAAGGAAAGUAGCUAUUGGCUGUCCUAAAAAUUUGCAUAAUUGGCCAUGUGCAUGUAAUUGUGAUGGAUGCUGUAGGAAAGAGGAAUAACGUCGUGGGAGAGACAAAAAAGUGAGUAAAAAAACACCCUACAUUUGCAUCCCGCCCUGAAUGUAAGCCAGGGCGGGAUCAGCCAGCUGCGGCUUCCCGUAUGCGCGAUUCAUUUGCAGUCUGGACGUGGAGGGGUGAACAUCUCCUGCUCUGACUGCAGCUGGGAGGGACUGCUACGUGAGGACUGGGCUGCCUGUGAGUGCUUUGGGACGUGGGUGGGGCCCACGGCAACACCCGUUGCUCGUUGAGAAGAGUAAGAACGAUACGUGCUUUCACGUCAGAGUCUCCAAUAACACCAGAAAAAGUUGCUAGAUUUGUCAAUGUCGCUUUUUUGAAAAUGUCUCGCUAGAGGAGUCUGAAAACUCGCUAAAUAUAGCGACAAAUUCGCUAAGUUGGCAACACUGGUCGCAAGAAGGUCAAUUUUUAUACCCAUAAUGCAACACACUUUGAAAGGCGUGACCAACGUUGGUCAACAUCUUGACAAACUUGAUCCACUCGAACAUGCCCAAGCAUAUUAAUGCCAAGUUCAAAACAACUGGGAAAUUGGAAGUCUCCGACUUUCGACUUCAGUAUGUUUAAGACAACUGGGACGAGCUCCGAUUAGGACAAAUUGUUUUAAACGGUAAUCUAACUCAGAAUUCCAAGUCGGGAACUCUGGCCUCUUUCUAGAGCUCCGACUUUCCUACCUGAAAAUCACUGACAUCAUGAUUUGACCGCAUUUUUUUCCAGAGGUCCCGGUUGUUUUGAAAGCACCAUUCAGUGCGUUCAAGACAACUGAGAACUCUGAAAAAACGAGCUCUGACUAGGAAAAAUAUUUUUGAAUGGUCAUCCAACUGCGAAGUCCAAGUCAGGAACUCAGGCCUCUUUCUCUUUCUACUAUUUUUGUUGUUUUUGCAGUUGCUAAGGAUGCCAGUCUUGGAGGAACAUAUGAAGGCACGGAGCCCAUGGGUCUACUAUGGAGCAUGCAGCCUGUUCCAGGGAGUCGGACAGGCCUCAGGUAACACACCUAUGGAAUUAAAUAUUGGCGGUCAAUUUUACAUAGGAAAAACACAUAAUUUAGGGUGACCAGGACCGGCUGGUCAAGUCAAAUAAACUCUCUCUCUUUCUCAGGAUAAGAAAGAUGGAUGUCCUCACUCCUAGUGUGGUACACAUCUCUGUGUACAGUGGGCACAUGACUGAGGGCUUCAGCAAGCAGUCUCCCCUAGCGACCGUUGUCACAGAACGAUGGUACAUGGCACCGGGUGUGUGCAGAAUUGACAUCAGGGAACAUGGGGUUCGAGGGACCCUCUUUUUACCCCCAGGUCCUGGACCCUUCCCUGGGGUGUUGGAUAUGUGGGGAGGAGGUGGGGGGCUGGUGGAGUACCGCGCCAGCCUCCUUGCGUCACAUGGUUUUGUUUCCAUGGCGCUAGAGUACCUUUCCCAUGACAAGAACAGAACCUCAGACAUCGACUUAAAAACCUACUUUGAGGUGAUUCUCAUACUGUGUGUGCCCGUGCAACCUGCGUACGUGUGUGUGUGUGUGCCUACACGCUUGUGCAUAUCUUAAUGUUCAGAAAUGGCCCUGAGAGGGCAGACUCCUCUCCUGUGACCAUUUAUCCAGACUCACUGUUAUAUUACAUCACAUUGCAUCCAUAUACCUCACAUUGCAUCCGCUACAUUGCGUCCUACAUUGUAUUCUUAUCACUUGAACUUGAGCUCUAUCUCUGUUGUGUAGAAAGCAUUCAGGAUUGUGCAGGAGCACCCCCUGGUGAUGAAGGACAGAGUUGCUCUAUUUGGUCUCUCCUUCGGAGUGUCAGUCACCCUCACCUUGGCAGCCUACUCCAAAGUCAUCAGCGUGAGUCUCCCUCACACUCUCCUCUUCUUCCUCCAGAUUGGAGCUUUGUCUGUAUAGUGUGAAUUCAGAUUCAGAAAGCUUUAUUGUCCCAACACUGACCAUGUGUAUAAGCUUAUGAGUUUGUUUAGUGUGUAAACAAUAAAUGCUGUGUGUAUUCCAGCCCAGAUGCUGUGUGUGUAUCAGCGGGAGUCACGUCCACCCGGUCAACAAGUCAAUCCACAAAGUGUUUACGAAGAUAAACGAGUGAGUGACAACCACCAUGUGUGAAUGAAAAAUAAACCCAGAUCUGUUCAAAGUGAAGCUGUAAAGUACUGUGAUUAUGAAGCUUGUGACAUGCAUUCCAAAUGAAGAAAUAUAAUAAAAUAUAAUUAUUUUAUUGCCAGGGACGGAUAUAAGACCCAAUUUGAUGAAGAGGGCCGUGUGGUCUGGAGAGACAUCAUUCUGCCUAUCCCAACCGACCCUGGAGAGAAAGUGGAUGUAAGUCAACACACACACAAACACACACAGUGGGUUUGUUUACUCAUUGCUGAGUCUUCUGACAGAUUGGGAGGAUAAAGUGUCCAUUGCUGUUGGUCGUCGGGGAGGAUGAUCAGAACUGGGCGACAGUGGAAUCUGCAGAGGACGUGAGUACAAACACGAUUAAAAUCUUCUUAUGAAAUCAAUAAUUGUCAUUGAUGCUGAAUGUGACCUCUGACCUGCAGAUGGCCCAGAUGAUGCGUGCAGCGGGUAAUGAGAACCUACUGACCAUUCUAAAAUACCCUGAUGCUGGACACCUCAUUGAGCCGCCCUACACACCCCACUUCAGAGCCAGCAACUUCAUAGUGCCUCAAACACGACAGAAAGGUACUGUACACACACACACAGCUCACACCUAUAGUAUACACAUCUGAACUAAGAUAUAUGUAUAACCAAUUCUUUACUCGCAAAGUAACUAAUGAUUGUGUGUGUGUGUUGCAGUGAUCAUGUUGUGGGGAGGGUACCCAAAGCCGCACGCCGUUGCUCAAGAAGACUCCUGGGAAAAGAGCCUUGGCUUUCUACGGCAACACCUGUACCCCAGCCAUGACUCUGGCCCUAAGGCCAAGCUGUGAUGUCACACCCGAGUAGCCUCCAGGACCGAGUAUGAUUGACUAAGCUAUAACUUUAUGUACUAUUUUAUAUGUUAAUGUAUUUAAUUUGUGACAAGACUGAAUGCUUGAAUGAGAAAGUCGUCCGACCAGUGGACACAGCUGUAGAAUAUAAAUUGAUGGCUGAUGGUGAGUGUCCACAGUAGUGGGUCAGAGUCUCUCAUUCACUGUACUGUAGGAGUUUCAAGCUGCCAAUAGUAUUAACACCUGUGCCUAUAACCUAACUGCCAUAGUACACAGAUGACUGAUUCUAUUUUUUGAUUAAUGAGGAAAUAAUAGGAAAUGUAUUGUCUAUGAUGUUUAUAAUAAAUCAGGAAGAAUAUGAACAAUAUCUGUUGUUAUUGAGAGCAUU